AUGACAUCGCAGGAGGAUUUUCGUAGUUUCACGAAGGACGUACCAGCGGAGGAUCUCACUGGCUCAGGGGUCGUGCACCACUCAGACAACAGUACAUCAGGCGAAUCACCAAGGCAACAUUUAGCCGGAACGUCGCCAAGAUUGAGGCCAAGGCGCAUGGCCGGUGAUUCGAGCGGUUGCUUCAAGAAAUUCAAAAUUCCUCGGCAAGAUUCUUCCGUAGUUCUUUCAGGUGCAUUUCCAGACAGUGUUUCGCCAUGUUCAUCGACUGGGCAAAGCGACGAAAUGUCGUUUGUGAAGCGACCAAAACCUGAAUUUAGGCAACGAUCAGAGGCCAUGGUACAGAAAUCUCGGACUAACUGGGAUCACAGGCUGUCGGCCAGUACAUCAACAUUUGGGAAUCAAGCAGAAGUGGAUGUUUGUGCCAUCUACAAGACACUUCGAAACAUCACCAAAUUUUAUAAAUGGCAAGAAGAAUGUUUGAACGAUGAGCGCCUUGUGCACGGAAAAAACAUGAUUAUUUCACUGCCUACUGGCGCUGGAAAAACGCUUAUCGCUGAGGUUUCGAUGUUGCGCGAAGUGAUGUUACGACACAAAAGUUGUAUUUUUAUUGUUCCAUACGUUGCUAUUGCACAAGAAAAAGUUCGCUCACUUUCGCUUUUCGAGGAUACGUUCGGCAUAUGCGUUGAGGAAUAUGCGGCGCAUAAAGGUUUGUGUCCUGCUUUUGUGCUUUUUGUUUAUGCAAUCCCAGUUUAUUUCAAAUAUUCAUAUUGCCUGGUAUGCUUUUAUAAUAGUCAGUCUUGCAACGAUCAGAGGCCAUGGUACAGAUUGGUGACGAAUUUUGCUGGGAUGUCGGACACAUCUGAGGAUGAAUGCGAUGAUGGUACCAUCACUGAUCGAGUAGCAUUAUCAACGAAUGGCGAUUUCGUACUAUCCAACGAAGGAAUCACAGGAGCUGGUGCUGUUGCUUCCGCUACUGCCGAAGUUCGGGCUUUUUUGUGCCUAAUCAGGUUACGACCAAAUAGGUAUUGCACACGAAUGCCAAUAGUGACACCGGAAUAUCAAGGAAAAUUCUCAAUUUAUCUCGAUAUGGAAUCCAUAGAUGUCUCUGAUUGCUUCGUCGAUGGAUUCGGUAUUCAUUGUCGAACUUAUAAAAAGUGUAAAGAAAUAAAAAAAUGA